AUGGAGAACACUGAAAUGGAAAAUAAUGUGGUUGGAGCUACAACUGGGAACGAGCGAUUGAGUGAUCAAACCAAUCCAAAACACUAUAAAAAUGUGCACACUAUUAUUGGAGAUUGUGGCCAUGGUGACACUAAUUCUUCUUAUCCCCAAUUUUCCAAGGGUAUUAGUGUUUGCAACCCUAAUAUGAGGAACCCUAAUAAUGGUCCAGAUGAUCAGCUAGUCCAAUUUGCUGAACUCAUUUUAGGACCUAAUAAGUUUGAUCCAAACAUGGAUCCUAAGAAAAUCAACAAAAUGAUCUUGAAUCGGCUCUCUGCACAGAGAUCUAGACAAAGAAAAGUUCGAUAUCUACUCAAUUUAGAAGAGCAAAUGAAAAUUUUUCAGGAGAAAGUAAUAACUCUCCGUACACAAAUUACAUCCUACACAAAUCAAAAACAGCUUUUGAUGUCGGAGCAGACGAUGUUGCGCCAGAAAUUAGAAGCCAUUGAGAAAGAAAAAUCACUUAGAAAUGCUGAAACUGAAAAAAAGAAUGCGGAAUUGAAGAUUCUGAAGGAACUUCGAAUGAAGAAUGAGUUGGAAGAGCUGUUUGGAGUACCAAUUUUCAAUUGGGAUGCUAUUCGACAUCCAAUAUCAAGUCGUCCCAACUUAGAUCAAGUGUACCCUGAUAAUUAA